AUGAACGACAACACCAUAAUCGCCGUCGUUAUCGUCGUCGCCCUCGCCGCAAUGGUCAUAGGGGGAACCUACGUCUAUAAUCUCCGAGCGAAGCUGAGACAAGAGAUGACGAUAGUCCGCGUCGAGUCCCAGAAACGACGGAUGCAGCAGUUGCAUGCAGCUUCUGCGGCGGUUGUACGUGUAAAACAGGCGAGUCGUGGCCAGAGUCGUGGCCGAAGCCGUGCUCGUUCGAGACGGCGCGAUGUGUCCCCCGGUUACGAUAGGAGGAGGGUGGUUGAUCGCGAUCAGGAUCGUAAUCAGAAUAAGAAAGGGAAGGAAGGGAAGAAGGGCCAGCUGCAAGAGCAGCAGAAGCAGAGGCAGAGGCAGGAUGGCGAUGCGCGAUCUACGAAUUCUUCGGGGAAAAAGGCGCCCCCUGUUUCGAGGUCUGGAUCUACGAGGCCUGCCCAGAAGAACUGGAAGAGUAAUACUGAACAGCGCCCCCAGGAGCGGGAUCAGGGCCAGCAGGAAUGGGAGAACCAAAGUAAUAACAGCGACGGCUGGAGUCAGUAUAACAAUACAGACCAGACACAGAAUACAUCAGGCUACGACCAGGCCGAUAACAAUGACUCCAAUGGAGAUAGCUGGGGCAAUAAUGGGCCUGCUGGUGGUGAUGACUGGAAUAAUGCUGAGAACAACAACCAAACUAAAGACAACAAGAACAAUGGCGGACAGCAAAAGGGAGGGUGGAGUGCGGAUGCUUCUGAUGCGAUGGCUACUCAGAAAAAGGCACCGCAGCCAGCACCGCAGCCAGCUCCUAGCCAGCCAGCGGACGCAGAAAUUGACUGGUGA